AUGAUAAUUGAUACAACAACAAAAGUACAAGCUAUCAAUUCUUUUUCCAGAUUGGAAUCCUUAAAAGCGGUUUAUGAGACUACAUGGAUCCUUUUCCCUAUUUUGAUUCUUGUAUUGGGAAUUACCAUAGGUGUACUAGUAAUUGUGUGGUUAGAAAGAGAAAUAUCUGCAGGGAUACAACAACGGAUUGGACCUGAAUAUGCUGGUCCUUUGGGAAUUCUUCAAGCUCUAGCGGACGGAAUAAAACUACUUUUUAAAGAAAACCUUCUUCCAUCUAGAGGGGAUGCACUUUUAUUUAGUAUCGGACCUUCUAUAGCAGUCAUAUCAAUUCUACUAAGUUAUUCAGUAAUUCCUUUUGGUUCUCGCCUUGUUCUAGCCGAUCUCAAUAUUGGUGUUUUUUUAUGGAUCGCUAUUUCAAGCAUUGCUCCCAUUGGACUUCUUAUGUCAGGAUAUGGAUCAAAUAAUAAGUAUUCCUUUUUAGGUGGUUUACGGGCUGUUGCCCAAUCAAUUAGUUAUGAAAUACCAUUAACUCUAUCUGUAUUAUCAAUAUCGCUAUUAUCUAACAGUUCAAGUACAGUUGAUAUAGUUGAGGCACAGUCAAAAUAUGGUUUUUGGGGAUGGAAUUUGUGGCGACAACCCAUAGGGUUUAUUGUUUUUAUAAUUUCUUCUCUAGCAGAAUGCGAGAGAUUACCUUUUGAUUUACCAGAAGCCGAAGAAGAAUUAGUAGCGGGUUAUCAAACCGAAUAUUCCGGUAUUAAAUUUGCUUUAUUUUAUGUUGCGUCUUAUUUAAAUCUAUUAAUCUCUUCAUUAUUUGUAACCGUUCUUUACUUGGGCGGUUGGAAUCUCCCUAUUCCAUCCAUAUUCAUCUCUGAGUUUUUUAAAAUAGAUGGAGUCUUUGGAACGACAAUUUGUAUUUUCAUUACAUUAGCUAAAACUUUUUUGUUCUUGUUCAUUUCUAUCGCAACAAGAUGGACUUUACCUCGACUGAGAAUGGACCAAUUAUUAAAUCUUGGAUGGAAAUUUCUUUUACCUAUUUCUUUAGGUAAUCUAUUAUUAACAACUUCUUCCCAACUCUUUUCAUUAUAA